AAGGGCGCCACCUAGGGCUGGGUUUUGUCAUUGUACUUCAGAGAAGCAGUUGGUUCUCUGAAGAGCAGUUGGAUUCAGUUGUUUCUGCUAGAUUUGGACUUUUCAAAACCUGUAGGAUUCUCAACUUAUAUUCUGUGGGUCUGAAAUUUCCCACAAGAUAAAGUGAUUGAAAUUGAGAAGAACACCAUGGGCAGCCACAUGGAAGAGAACAUUCUGGAAAAGGAUUUCAGGAUGUUAAUAUCUCUAGGGUGUGGUGCAUUUGGGGAGGUGAAGCUGGCCUGCCACCUUCCCACACAUACACGAGUGGCUAUCAAGGUCCUUGAGAAAAACACCAACAGUGUGGCUGACAUCAGCACUGAAGUGAACAUACUUCAGUCAUUAGAACAUAGGAACAUCGUUCGAUUUUUUCACAUGAUCGACACAUUGACAACCACUUAUCUGAUUAUGGAGUAUGUGGCAGGAGAAGAUCUGGAGAGCUGCCUCCAGGCACUGGGCUGUCUAAAGGAGGAGGAGGCUAGAGGGAUUUUCCGGCAGGUGGUGUCAGCGGUUCACUUCCUCCACCAGAGACACAUCGCACACCGUGAUAUCAAAUUAGAAAACAUCCUAGUCGAUGCAGCAGGAAAUGCAAAGCUUUGUGACUUUGGUAUGGCAAUUGAAAUCACAGAGGGGCAGAUGUUGGAAGAGAUCUGUGGCUCCUUACUCUACUGGGCCCCAGAGAUCUUGGCAAGAAAGCCCUAUGAUGGACUGGCAGGUGAUAUGUGGAGCUUGGGUAUCCUCCUAUAUGUCCUGGUCACAGGGCACUUUCCAUACAUGGAAGAAACCCUUGAAGGGAUGCACAGGGUCAUCACCACCACAAUGUGUCCCAUUCCCUACCAUCUGUCCAAACCUUGUUAUUUCAUCAUUGCCCGACUACUCAUGGUCACCACCUGGUACCGAUUCACAAUCUCUCAGCUUGUGGAACGACCAUGGCUGGGCCCCAUUCAACAACAUGUACUGCCUGCCACCAAAGAAAUCCUGCCCAGGGUGGUGGAGACCAUGUGCACCAUUGGCUAUACCUGUGAGGAGAUUGUGUCAUCCCUAACUCACAGGCGAGAAGAUAAUCAUGUAACGGCCACAUGCAACAUUCUCAAACACCUACUGAGCUGUGGGGACAGCCAUCAGCAAGAUCAGAUGCACUGGCUAACAAGCAACUCUGCAGGUCCUGUUCACCUCCCUCUUCCCAUGACCAGGAGAGCCAGUGAACCAGCAUUUACAACCAGAACACAAGCUGGGAAGAGUCACUUUAAUGAGAAUGGUGUGGAAGAAAGAGGCGAAACAUGCAGAAGCCACAGCAUGCCUCACAGAUCCUCCUUCCUGGAGGUGCUGUCCUCUUCAGACAACACAGUCCCAGAAAGAGAUGCUCUUGUGGCUGACGUCAUCAACACUGCUGCAGAGGACAUUGCAGUCAACAGGAAUUCUGUUGACCCCCUGCCUGGCAAUCUCUCCUCCCCUGAAUCAGUCUUGGAUGCAACACCAACAGGAUUUCUGAACCUGGGCUUCUCUGAAGAAGAUUCGUCCCAGAAGCCAGAUAUUCCCAGUGACCAACCCCAUGUGGCACCCACGACAUCUGGAUCCAGGCCAUUCAGGGUCUGGAAACUGAUAAGGAAGGGAAUUUCCCAUGCACUUAGAGCACUCUGCUGCUGCUGCUGCUGCUGCUGCCUGCCCACCCCAAGUGAGGAAAAUGAAAUGGUCCAAUAGAAUUCCAGCCCUGGUGAGGAGUCACAGAAGGGACCCAAGACAGAUCGCCAGAGCGCCAGCUCCCUCCAACACUUGGCAACCGGCUCCUGCAUGGAUCCUUCAGCUAUUGGGUCUAAGCUGCCACUUUAUAACUCCUCCAGCUUACUUUAGCUCCAGCACUAUUGUUGGAUGAAGAGGUGGUUGGAAGGCAGUUUACCCAGUGACUCCUUACCUUCCCAGCUUUGGUUGUGCUUGUAGGACCACUCACACUGCAUGGAAAACAGCAGCCUCUACCACCAGGAAAUGACUUCAUACCUGCUCAUCCUCUUGGUCACUUUAACCCUCCAACUUCUUCUCUGGCUGCCUUUUGAAAAGAACAGCAAGACCUGUAUCUGAGGUGCACCAGGAGAAAGAUGCAGGACUAUUGGUCAGUGGAGUUCCAUCCUCGUCAGUGCUGAGCUCCUUUAUCCAGGCUUCCCAUGUUGCCUCCCACCUCCUGAUUCAGAAUCUUGCAUCAUUUACCCAUGUCAUGGAGAGAUUUGUACCUGAUAUUUGAUCUACAUUACUAUUGUUCUGCUCCACCAUAGGGUCAGGAAUUGAACUGAAGGUUCUGUCAUCCAGGAUGGACUACAAACAUCAGCAGAGUCCAAAUCUAACCUUCAGGAUAGAAGUCUAUGUCCACCAGUGAACAGAUACCUGGAGGAUCCCCACCUGCAGUCCAGGCACAAAUCCCAUGACUUCAACCUGACCAAUCAGGAGAGUUCAGAUUGGCUACCUGGUCUGAUGGAUUGAGUUCUUUCCAUUUGAGCCAUGAGAUCACAGCUGAGGACUCAAGUGAUGAGCUCCUUACACCAGGAGACACAGGGUGGCGAUUUGAGGUGUGGUCUGUGACAGCAGAAGUAGGAGCUCUGCAGGAAGUCCAGAUGGCAGUGUGCCCACUUCCCCAGCAUGAAGGGUCUGUGUCCAGCACAGGACAAGGAAAGUGACAGCAAGCUGGAGAAAAAUGGGGACCACAUCAGAUGGAAUGCUGGGACUUUGCUCAACUUUGGAUCCCAUGGGUGGUCUGUUUGUCAAUGAAUGACCACUAAGGCAAGCUUCACCCUGAUUCGAUUGGCUACUGUGCCAGGCAUUGAAUCUCUCAGGAGACAGCCCAUGUGGACCAAGACUCCAAGCCCUGGUGAUGAUGGUCUCUAAGAAUAUGACUCUCAGGAAGCAGAGCUGAUGCCCAAGAGCCAAGAUCUGCAGGUUCUUGUGGAUAUGUUCUGAGACAAAGCUCAUCUUCACCGUAUGUGCAUCCUGUCUCAUCCAGG